AGGAGACUAAGCGGGGGCAGCAAGAGUGAAGAGGAUAAGGAAGCAUUGAAAGGAAAGGUAAUUUUUGUGAACUUUUCUUAGACCUUCCCCUGUGAGGGUAUUGAAAUCUGAAGAAACGAAAUCAGAAGCUGAAUCCAAUUCAUCCUCUCUAUGAAAUUCUCGUUUGCCCUAAUAUGUUUAAUUUUGAAGAUGAGCUCAUAAUUCAACCCCGAGUUUCGUGGUUAAUCUGGAUCCAGCUUCUUCUUCUUAUCCUCGUCUUCGCGCUUUAUUGUCUCACCAUCUUCGCCAUUGAUUUCUCUAAAAUCAAUACCGACAGCAACUCCACUGCCGCCAUUCCUUCUUCUUCUUCUUCUACUUCUACUAGUCGCUUCGUUUCUGAAAUUGCUCACAACCACAAGAAUGUUUCUAUGCACAAUAUCAGGAUUGAUUCUGAUCCAUCGCGGAAUGCGCAGAUUGUUGGCCAUAUCCAACAUUUGGUAUCAGACCUAGGAUGUCGAAACAAGUGUCUUCAUCAUACAAAGUCGUCGGAGGAGAUGUGUCAACGAUUAGGGGUGGAAGGGAGGGACCCGUUACUCAUGAAGAGAAACUACGUAGCAUGGUUGAUGAAGAUGUGUGUUAACUUACAGACACAAGGCGUGUGGACGCCAUCGAGCAUGGUGACGACAUUGAUGCCACCAUUUACCAAGCAGUCCCAGAAGACGUCCUUCUCAUGUUGGCAGAAAAGUACUCGACAAAGGUAACGUGGGAGACACUGCAAACAAUGCAUGUGUGUGUGGAAUGUGUAAAGGAAACAAAGGUGCAGACCUUGAAGAGCGAGUUCAAGGCUAUCCGUAUUGAAGGACAGUGAAUCGAUAGACAAUUUUUCCAUGAAGUUGAUGAUGAUUGUCAACGGUAAGGUGGAGGAGAUCUCUGUCAUCAAGAAGUUUCUUCGAGCUAUUCCCCGAGAUUCAUGCAGAUUGUUACCUCCAUUGAGCAGUUCGGCGAUCUCAAGAACAUGUAGGUUGAGGAGGUCGUUGGUCAUCUUAAGGUCUAUGAGGAGAGAUUUUGUGGCUACGAAGACAAAGAAAAAGGAGAAACACCUCUUACUCACAUUUGAGGAGUGACUCGCACAAACGAAAAAGAAAGAUGCGACUAACUCAUCCUUUUCAGGUACGAGGGGACUUGACAGCCAUAAUAUGGAAAACAAAGGUCGUGGACGUGGUCACGAACAUGGUCGCAGACGUGGUUUCAGAGGUGGUCGUGGCAAUACCUCACAAAUCCAUAACAAUGUCAACCCUUAGAAGGACAAUAGUAUGAUUAAGUGUUACUCUUGUGGAAAAUACAGCAUUAUGCUGCAAGUGCUGCACUAAGGAGCGCGUUGAGGAGGCAAACCUCACAUUCACGGAUGAUGAAGAGCCCCCCUCGUUGAUGUUGGUCGAGAAAAUGCCCAACCUGUUGAUGCUCAAUGAAGAGAAGGUUAUGACAAACCUCCUUCAUGGAGAAGACCAAAUGGAGACUAACAUGUGCUAUCUAGAAAACGGAGCGAGCACCCACAUAAACGAAGAUCGAGCAAAGUUAAAGGAGCACAUAACCGAAGAUCGAGCAAAGUUAAAGGAGCUUGAUGAGAAAUUCAGUGGAAACAUAAAGUUUUGCCACAGAUCAAUUGUACCAAUUCAAGGCAAAAGAUCCAUCUUGCUCUAGUGUAAGAACGGUGAUCAACAUCUAUUGACCAAGGGUAUAUUACAUCCUAAGUUUGAAAAACAAUAUUAUUAGUUUUGGUCAAAUGACGGAAGAAGGUAGCAGAGUGGAGUUAGUCGGCUCGUUCCUCAAGAUAUUCGACAGAAACGGAGCCCUACUGAUAGAGG